AAAAAUCGUGCGACUUUUUUUUUGCACCAGGUUGUUUACAAAUUUCUAGAGAAAUAAAAAUACACACGGAUUUUUGUGCUGGUUGAAUUGGACGACAAGCGCAUCAUCUGAAGGGAUGCUUCGUACAGCGGAAAAAAAGUUACUUUCAUUUUUGAAAACGCCAUACAGAGGUUGGUAUGUUGAUAUUGGACCGACCGUUGGUAAUGCUGAUAAAAUAUGGACCAUUUCAAUGGGACCCGAACUUCGGAACACACCAAUCGUUCUGUUGCACGGGAUGGGUGCUGGCGUUGCAUUUUGGGUUCUAAAUUUGGAUUCACUGGCUCAACACAGACCCGUUUAUGCAAUUGAUAUAUUAGGUUUUGGUAGAAGUUCAAGGCCAACAUUUUCAUCCGAUGCAAUGAUUGCUGAGAAACAACUAGUCAACUCAAUAGAAGAGUGGCGACGUGAGAUGAAAAUCAAAAAUAUGAUCUUAUUGGGACAUUCGAUGGGUGGAUUCUUAGCAACUAGUUACACAAUUUCAUAUCCAGACAGAGUGAAACAUUUAAUAUUGGCUGAUCCAUGGGGUUUUCCAGAACGUCCAAAAGAAAUAGCUGCACCACUCUGGGUUCGUGCCAUCGCCAAAGUAUAUGGAAAUGCAAAUCCCUUGUGGAUUCUUAGGGCAGCCGGAUCCUAUGGCCAAUGGGUUGUACAAAAAACGAGACCAGAUAUUCUGCGCAAAUUCCAAGAGGUCGUUGAACAACACAAUACCGAGGACAAUAAUUUAAUGGCACAAUAUAUUCAUCAGUGUAAUUCUCAAAAUCCAACAGGCGAGAGUGCAUUUCAUGCAAUGAUGUCUGGUUUUGGAUGGGCAAAAAAUCCAAUGCUAAAUCGUAUCCAUGAACUUCGUUCCGAUAAGCCAAUAACAUUGCUCUACGGAUCACGAAGCUGGAUCGAUAAAUCGUCAUGGGAUCUAGUGAAGCAGGCGCGUCCAUCCAGCAUUGUUAAUACACAAGUUAUAUCUGGAGCUGGCCACCAUAUAUUUGCCGAUAAACCGGAUGUGUUUAAUGAUCAUGUGAAUGCUGCGUGCCGAUUUAGUGAUAAAAUACCAGAUGAUGCUCCACUAGAAGAGUUAGAAAACGAUUUCGAAUUGACUGCAUCCAAUGAGGAUACAAAUGGUUUUGCGAAAAUUCCAAAAUUAAUUGAAGCAAAUGAAGUUCCAAUUUUGGGUAGCAAUAUUCUAAUAAAAUGAGAGCACAAAUUGAUAUUGGGGUUGAUUUAAUCGGGCGAAUAAAUCAUUUGCUUAAAUGGCAUUAAGUCCAUUCAUUGGCUAUGUCAUCUAUGGGGAGACGAUAGAAAUUUUUUUGCAUACUCUUCAACGCACUAAAAUACACACAUCCACGCUGAACAUCAUCAUCGUAAAAAAAAAACAAGCAAAGAAAUU